AUGGCGGAGAAGGAGGCCACCGUCUUCAUCCUAGACCUUGGCGCGUCCAUGGGCGAGACCAAGGCCGAGUGCGGCCGCAGCGAGUCUGAUAUGGACUGGAGCAUGCGCUACGUCUGGGACAAGGUCACCGACAUUGUGUCCGCGAAUCGCAAGACGCUCUGCGUCGGCGUCGUCGGCCUGCGGACCGACGAGACCGCGAACAGGCUGUCGGAGGAGGACGGCUACGAGAACAUCUCGGUCCUGCAGGAGCUGGGCCCGAUGACCAUGUCGUCGCUCAAGGCCCUGCGGACGAACAUCAAGCCGAGCAAGACGUUUUCGGGCGAUGCGAUAUCCGCCAUCGUCGUCGCCGUUGACAUGAUUGACAUCUUCACCAAGAAGCUCAAGUGGAACCGCAAGAUUGUCAUGAUCACGGACGCGCAAAGCGCUACUGACCCCGAUGACAUUACAGAUAUCGCUCACAAGAUCAACGACGCCAAUAUUAAUCUGACUGUUCUUGGCGUUGAUUUUGAUGAUCCCGAAUAUGGCUUCAAGGAGGAAAACAAGUCUCCAACCAAGGCCGAAAAUGAAAAGACCCUCAAGGCGUUGACGGAUCAAUGCACCGACGGCGUCUUCGCAUCCAUUGUAGAGGCCAUUGACGAGAUUGACACCCCGCGUGUGAAGCAAGUCAAGCCGUAUAAAAGCUACGAGGGCACCCUGACGCUAGGCGACCCAGAAAAGUUCCCGCACGCCCUGAAUAUCAACGUCGAGCGCUACUUCAAGACGCAUACCGCCCGGCAACUCGCCGCCAGCACCGUGGUGCUCAAAUCCGAGCAAGGGGGCACGCAGUCGACGCAGACGCUGGACGACGAGGCCGCGGACGGCGUCGAGUUCUCGGCCGUCAAGCAGGCGAGAACGUACAAGGUCAACGCGCCCGACGCCCCGGGCGGCAAGAAGGACGUCGAGUUCGAAGCCCUGGCCAAGGGCUUCGAGUACGGCCGCACCGCCGUCCACAUCAGCGAGUCGGAGCACAACAUCACGAAGCUGGAGACGACCAAGAGCUUCUCCAUAGUCGGCUUCAUCCCGUGGACCCGAUACGAGCCCUUCCUCGGCAUGGGCGAGGUCUGCAUCACCACCGCCCGCAAGUUUGACGAGAAGUCGGAGCUGGCCAUGUCGUCGCUGGUCUGGGGCCUGUACGAGCUCGAGUCGUACGCGGUCGCCCGGCUGGUCGCCAAGGACGGAAAGGACCCGGCCCUGGUGCUCCUCGCCCCGGGCCUCGAACCCGAGCUCGAGUGCCUCUACGACAUUCCGCUUCCCUUUGCCGAGGACGUCAGGGCGUACAAGUUUCCGCCGCUCGACAAGGUCGUCACCGUGACGGGCCAGACCUUGACCUCCCACCGUCUGCUGCCGACGGAAGAGCUGACCGAGGCGAUGGGUGAAUACGUUGAUGCCAUGGACCUCGACUCGUAUGGCAUGGAUGAUGAAGGGAAACACACAGAAUUCGCCCCUGUAGACGAAACAUACAACCCAACCAUCCAUCGCAUAAACAACGCCGUCAAGCAGCGGGCCGUCCAUUCGGACCAGCCGGUUCAAGACAUUCCUGCAGUACUACUACGAUAUGCUAAACCGCCGCAAGAAUUGAUUGGCCGAGUACAAGAUCGCAUAGAAGAUCUCAUCAAGGAAGCGGAUGUCAAGAAAGUACCUCCAAAAGCCAAAGGAAGACGCAGGGAAGCCGUCAAGCCCAUGUCCGGCCUCGACGUCGACGCCCUCCUCCUCAGCCAGGACGCUGGCAGCAACACCGCGGACCAGCCCCGGCCCAUCACACUCGAGAACGCCGUGCCCGAGUUCAAGCGCGCCAUGGCCACGUCGCGCGAAAUGUCGGACAUCCAGGCCGCCGCGCGGCAGAUGGGCGACAUCGUCGAGUCGCUCGUCGCUGACAGCUUCGCCGACAGCCGGUACGCGCGCGCGAUCGAGUGCCUCGGGGUGCUGCGCGAGGAGCUCGUCGCCAUGGAGGAGCCGGGCCUGUACGACGCGUUCGUGCGCGGCUUCAAGGGCCGGCUGCUGUCCGGGGCGCUCGGCGGCGACCGCCGCGACUUUUGGCUCAAGGUCCGCUGGGCGCGCCUCGGCCUGGUCGAGGCCGGUCAGUCGGAGGUGUCCACGGUCACGGCCGAAGAGGCCGAAGAGUUCUACAAGUCUAGAUAG